AUGGCUCGCAAGUAUGGCUCGCAACACCCCUUCCCUCCACACACCUACCCUCCAUACCCCUAUGCUCCACAGCCCUACCCUACAUACCCCAACCCUCCACACCCCUACCCUCCACAGCCCUACCCUACAUACCCCAACCCUCCACACCCCUACCCUCCAUACCCCUACCCUCCUUCCCCCAUCUUCCACAACCCUACCCUCCACACCCCUACCCUCCAUACCCCUACCCUCCACACCCCUUCCCUCCACACACCUACCCUCCAUACCCCUAUGCUCCACAGCCCUACCCUACAUAUCCCAACCCUCCACAGCCCUACCCUCUAUACCCCUACCCUCCACACCCCUACCCUCCAUACCCCUACCCUCCACAUCCCAACCCUCCACACUCUACCCUCCAUACCCCUAUGCUCCACAGCCCUACCCUCCACACCCCUACCCUCCACAGCCCUACCCUCUAACCCCUACCCUCCAUACCCCUACCUUCCACACCCCUACCCUCCAUACCCCUAUGCUCCACAGCCCUUCCCUCCACACCCCUACCCUCCAUACCCCUACCCUCCACAUCCCAUCCCUUCCAUCCACACCCCUACCCUCCACACCCCUACCCUCCACACCCCUACCCUCCACACACCUGCUCUCCACACCCCUUCCCUCCACACACCGACCCUCCAUACCCCUAUGCUCCACAGCCCUACCCUCCAUACCCCUACCCUCCAUACCCCUACCCUCCACACCCCUACCCUCCACACCCCUACCCUCCACACCCCUACCCUCCGUACCCCUACUCUCCACACCCCUACCCUCCAUACCCCUACUCUCCACACCCCUUCCCUCCACACACCUACCCUCCAUACCCCUGUGCUCCACAACCCUACCCUACAUACCCCAACCCUCCACCUAGAAUAA